CAAAUUUAUAUAAUCAUAAAUACGAAAAUUACGGCCUUACACGGAAAUUGGUCUUAAUAAACGGGAAAGGAUUCUCCUGUCCAAAAAAUGGCUCUCAUUUUCUCUCUUGUGGAAACAAGGGAAGAAGAAGUCUGUCCGACAGAAGAGAUCAAUAAUCAUCAUUCCCAAUAAUCUCAAACCAAAAACCCCAGAUUAUUGUCUGCACGUUAUGUGUUAAUUUUAUUCUUAAAUAAUUUGUUCAUAUUAUAUAAUUUUUUUAUUGUGCAAAUUAUUACCAUUUAUUAUCCCUUUAAUUUUUCCAUUUGAUCUUCCAAAAGUUUUGAAAGUUCCUUCUUUCUUCCUUGUGAUCAUCUCUUUUUUACUAUCUUCUUGAUGUGUUACGCACGUCUUUCUUCUUGCAUAAGCAAACAACCUUGAUUUUGUUGUACAUUAAUUAUUAUUUACAAUAAAAGUCUUCUAAGUGACCUGGUUAUUAUUGUUGUAAAUAAUAAUAAUGAAAAUAAUUUUUCUGUUCAUAAUUAUCUAAAAAGAAAUGCUUUGUUGCCUUUAAAGAACGAGGAGGAAGACUUUAUAAAGAUUGGCUUUUAACUUGGUAUGGCCGUUGGGUCUUGGUGUGGUGUGGCUCCCUUCCUUUUUCGUAAGAAGCUUUCUGCGUUUGAGGGAAAAGAACAAACUAAGAGUUCUAAAUCAUCAAAAAAAAAGAAAAAGAUGAAGGGUUCCAUUGUUGGUUCUACAGUUCGCAACUCAUCUGGGGUUGCUAAGAACUUUAUAAGGACGACAGAUAUUAGGAAAAAGAUUCUCACUUUCAGAGACUUGCUUGACCUAUCUCCCUGCAUCAGUACUGCUACUGUUAAUGAGCUUCUAAUAUGGACCCUAAAAGAUUUACACAGACUGUAUCCUUCUACGAGGCCAAGAAUUUCAAUCUCAGAAAUCGAAGCAACAGCGAUGCAAAAGUUACUCCGCUGCUUCUGUGAUGCUCUGAAAGCGCUUGGCGACUCAUGGACAAACAAUGUGGAAUGGAUGGUUAAGUGCAAAUAUGAUGCAUCUAGCAAGUUAGGCCAAGAUGAACUGGAACAGCUUGCGCAGGCAAUGCUGGAGGACAUGAACAAGCUAGCUCGAGAAAGGAUGUUUGAUAUGAUGGACGAGGAUGAGAGAAUAAGUGAUGUUAGUUCCCCAGAAAAUGCCUUUGGAAGGGCUUCAUAUUCAGAGUCUUAUUCAGAAAGUAAAACUUCCCUUUCAAGCUCUCCAGCUACUCCAACUUCAGUCCUUCCAGAUAUCGGCAAUAUGUUAUCCAAGGGGACAAAACUAUCCUAUUCUCCACCUCUUCUUCUUCAACUCAGAGUUCAAGCAGUUGAAAAACUGAACCCCAUUGAUGUCAAGCGCCUGUCCUUUCACAUGCUUUCUCAUGCUGUAGCUAAUGAGCCCAAUGUCCUGGACCAGAAAAGCGAGACAGUGGAAAAGCUACCCGCAGAAGUAAAGCAUGAAUCUGAAGCAAAAGUAGGCGGUACCAAUGAUGUUAGUCAAGAUUUUGAGAUGGAAGAGGAUACAAUGGACAUUUCCAUGAAUCCAGAAGGGUCAGUGAAACCUGCUGGAGGAAUUUGGACCGGAGAAGUAAAUUCAGAAUCUGGCCCAGCCCCUAAUACAUCAACAAAGAUGGAUAUUGAUGUAGUUCCACCACCAAUUUCACUCCCUAAGCUGCGAUCAUACGUCUCUGAAAAGGAAAAUCCUCCACCACCAGCAACUGAACACAGUCAAUGGAAACUUUAUCCAAAUGAACUAGCAUCACAAUCAUCUGCACCGCCAACUACUCCUCCAACGCGCAAAUUAUCCCCCAAAGAAGUAGUAUCAGUAUCGCAGCCUCUUACUCCAGCAUCAGAACCAUUACAAUCAGUUGUAAAAAUGCCAAUUCCACCUCCACCUCCACCCCCACCGCCUCCAGUUCCCCAAAUUUAUGGGGAAAGCACAGUUGUCAAACCUCCUCCACCUCCACCUCCACCAACAAUGGCAUCAAGCACAGCUUUGUUUCCUCCUCCUCCACCCCCACCUCCACCUUCUCAGAUAACAGGAAAUAUAUCAUCGCCUCCACCACCACCACCACCACCACCUUCAUCAGGAAAUGUAAAAUUGCCUCCGCCACCCCCACCACCUAUGGCAUUAGGAAAAGGGACACCACCGCCUCCACCUCCUCCCAUGGGAGCAGCCAGUGGAGGAAUAAGGGCACCCCCAAUGCCACCAGGAAUGAAAGGUUCUCCACCUCCUCCUCCAGGGCCUGGAGGUGCCAGGAACCUACAUGUGAGGAAAGCUGCAACCAAGCUGAAGAGAUCAGCACAAAUGGGUAAUUUGUAUCGCCUUCUCAAGGGAAAGGUAGAAGGAGGUACUGUAGAAACAAAAUCAUCACGCAAAGGUGGAAAAAUCAGCAACCCAACUGGAGGAAAACAGGGAAUGGCUGAUGCUCUAGCAGAAAUGACAAAGAGGUCAGCAUACUUCCAACAAAUUGAAGAGGAUUUUAAGAUUCAUGGAAAAUCUAUCAGGGAGCUGAAAACUUUAAUCAACUCUUUCCAGUCAUCAAACAUGGAAGAACUUAAUAAAUUUCACAAACAUGUGGAAUCAAUUCUUGAGAAGCUGACUGAUGAGACACAGAUUUUCGCAAGAAUUGAAGAUUUUCCAACAAAAAAGUUAGAAGCGGUGAGGAUGGCAGCAGCACUAUACUCCAAAUUAGAUAAUAUACUCAAAACUCUGAAGAAUUGGCAAAUUGAAUCUCCUGUUUGCCAAGUCAUCGAUAAAUUGGAAAAUUACUUUUCUAAGGUAUUUACAAAACCCCCAAAAAUCAUUUAAGUGCUGUUCGUUUUUACAUUAGUAUGUUGUUGGUCAUGCUAACAAAAGCAUCAUGUUCAGGUCAAACAAGAAUUGGAUGCCCUGGAAAGAACUAAAGACGAAGAGACCAAAAAAUUUAAAAAUCACAAAAUUACUUUUGAUUUUAGCAUCCUGGUUCACAUAAAAGAACUGAUGGUUGAUGUUUCUUCAAGCUGCAUGGAGUUAGCACUGAAGGUCAGUUAAAGUAAAGUUUGCUGGAACAAUUGUCUAUUACUUCAGGAAUAAGGUUGAAACUUGAAUUUCAUCCUACAAUUAUUUUCCAGGAAAGGAGAGAUGCCAUGGCUGCUGAAAGUACAGAAAAAUCUCCUAAAACUGAAAGGCAAAAGAAGGGAUCGGCAAAAAUGCUCUGGAAGGCCUUUCAAUUCGCAUACAGGAUUUAUACUUUUGCAGGUGGGCACGAUGACCGGGCUGAUCAGUUGACGAGAGAAAUUGCCAACGAGAUCCAGACUGAUCCAACUGAGUAGUUAUAACGGCAGAUAAAGGCUUGAGAUCAAGAGAAGAUAGCUGCAUUAUUUGAACUACAAAUACUGUUCCAGCAAAGUAGAAUCCUUCUUCAUACAUGCAGAAAGUUUGAGUUCACUAUGUUGGAAAAUUCUUGGAAAGAACCUUCUGGUUCCAGAAUCGUGAUUUAGACACACGUUUCUUGACUUCCAUUAUUAAUGUGAAUUAGAGAAGUAUUGUUGCCAUACGGAUAGGAUAUUUAAUUAGAUAUAGCUAAACAUAAAGCCAACCUUCCAUUCUUAUACCACCAAUUCAUAUACAACAGGCAUUAUGUUAUUCAAGUGAUCGGUUUUGUAGUCUGUAAUUUUUGUAUGGUUUCAAGAUAAGACAUCAGAAUAUAGAGUGGUUGCCUGGUGGAAUACUCCUUUUCAUUGGAAUAAAUUGAAAAAAAAAGAGAAGAAAAGUUAUAAAAAAAAUGAAGUAUAUAUGAUCAAUGAAGAGAAUGUUGCAUUACUAAAUUUUACUUGGUUGCGCAUGAUUACGUCUAAUUUAGCCUUCACAAAAUAAAAUGACCUUAGAUGCAAUUCGCAGCUUUCUGGACAGGUAUAGAAUACAAUGUUCAAGAUACAUACGCUAACUUCUGUUCAGGUUCAUUUCCUUAUACUAUUUAGAAACAUCAGGAUUGAAACUGGGGGAAUCAGAACCAGGAAAUGAUCUACAAGUAAGCCAACUGAUUACUACCCCGUACUUAACAUUCUUACAAUGCCACUAACAGAUAUAGAUGACUAGCUCCAUACACAUUGGUUACCCCUUAAUAUGGCUUCUAAAAUCUGCAUUAUUUAAGCAUCCAGUAGCUCAUGUUAGCAUCAGUAAAACUAUUUUCUACUUUAAAGGUCUGUUAUAUUAUACACUAUUGCAAUCUUUGCCCCUACAUCCUCAAGAAGCCAAAACAUAAAUCUCGUAUCUAAUUCCAACUUGUAUACUACAUUUGUCCGUUCAUUAUUCUCCAAGUAGCUUAUGAACUUCAAACGUGCGUACUGCGUACUCUAUUUAAAUCCUAUGCUUAAAGCCGCAACGCAAGAAAAUUUAAUUCCCCAGGAAACAACGAAAUAAGGAAAUGUGUGCAUAGUUCAUUGUGACAAAAAGGCAAACACCUGGUGGGCUUGGUUAGUUCCGACUGGAUAAACAACAUUGUUGUUAGCCACUCACAAAAAUGUCCAGCUUCCACUAUUUAGGAAAUCUCAAAACAUUAAUAGAAUCAUAUGAUGCUAAUAGUAAGGCAUUAAUCGUACAACAUUACUAAAACAUUUGGUUCGACAAAAGCAGCCACAAUCGCUUAAUCAGACUCAAAGCUUCAGAGUGCAUACUAAUUACUACUAUUACUGCAUUUUAUAAAACAUAACCAAGCCACAUUACAUAUAUGAUGAAUAUGAGUUACCCUUCGAGCUAACCUUUUGAUUUAGCGGUUAAUGGAGGAUCAAAGUUCAAUUCUUGGGCUUCGCGGGAAAAAGACUGAAUCAAAAGUCAAAACAACGUAAGUGAGUUUCAUUAUGGUUGGUUAGAAACUUAAAAUAAGAUUAAGCGGAUUUAAGUUAGUA